CUGAUACUCUGUUUUCCCGAGUCCUUUUUGCGUUGCAGGGACGAAGGAUAUAACUAUAAGUAGCAGAUUAUUUAAGUAGUUGAUCUCUGUCGUGUCGUUAACAGGUGAUUAUUGGCACCAUUAAGAACACCAUUAAAAACAACAGGUAGACGUGUUAAAGUCACGAAAUUAAGUCAUAACAUUCAUUAAGAACAAUUUCAAUAUCCUUAGUUCAACUGUUUCUUGACACCAGGUCAGAAAAUGGAUGUAGAUCACCAGGAGCAUGAGAAUUUAGUCACUUUAGGUGUAACAAUUGAGGAAGCGAAAAAGAGAUGUGAGGCUGUGAUAGAUACACUAGAAACUUUACACUUAAGUCACUCCUGCAAACAUACUCUACUUAGGCUGAUUCAGUCAGAGCUCGCUUUCCUGUCUCGUUUUUCAUCAACUGAUUCCGCUCCAGAAUUCGAACCGUCCCCCAUUUGUGUCAACAUCGGUCAUCUUGAGUCAGUGGUACAUAUUCUUCAGCAUCCAAAGGUGUCUGGAGUGUCGCGUGUCUGCAAGAAUAUCCCGCUUCAUUUGUCUAUACGAAAUGGGGGUGGUAAUAGUGAUUCGAAAGGGGCGCAUGUUGAUAUAGUUUGCAGUUUUAAUGGGAACCCCGUUUGGUUUAUUGUAUCGGAUAGGAACCCCAAGUACAUAUCUUGGCAUGGGCAACAUGACUCUUCGAAAAACAAGGGUUUACAGGAAAGAGUUCAACUUCUUCUUGAGGUCGCUCAUAAUUCUGUAUCAUUGACACCCAGUUCGAUAAUAUUUUUCUUCUCGAACGGGCUUGGUGGAUUCACACGUGAGAAGUUUCAUUCUGUAUUUGGAGCCAUUGAUGUUAAGUCAAAGUUUUCUAAUUUUGAUGUUAAUUUCUCCAAGGAGCUUGAAGGUGAGUGGCUAGAUAUCGUUGCAAGAUCGUAUCAAGAAGCAUGUGUACUUGAGAUCAAAGUCGAUUGUUCUCAAGAUGUUUCGAAAAAUCCCCUUGUGGCUAACCCCUCUGUAAAAGUCAAUGAUGUCAAUUUGGGUGGUUCUUUUGGUCAUUUUAUUUCACAAAUGAUCUUACCAAAAGGUCGAAAUAUAGAUGGUGACUUGAUCAACUUUGAUACCACCGCUUUGAUUGCUAUCGUGUCUGGCAUCAGUAACGGGAAUACACAAAAGCUUUUGGCUACACCCGAGGAUGAACUGAAAAUCCGGUUUAAAGGGAACACCGGGUUUGUAAUAGAUCAGGUGAUGUCUGAAAUCGAGAAGCCAAUACAUGUAGACAUAGGUAAGGUUAUAUCUGGGAGAAUAGGUAUCAUAUGUGAAAGUUCUUGUUCUGAGUUUAAGGAGCUGGUUUUGAUGUGUGGAGGGGUUAAUGAAAAGUUAAGGGCCAAUCAGUUGAUAGAACGUGUGGUAAUUGUUCCAGAUAGUCCUUCAGCACGUAUGAUGAGCCUUCCAACUACUAGAAAACUAGCUUUGAAAAACAAGAUUGUUUUUGGCACAGGUGAUUAUUGGCAUGCUCCAACAUUGACUGCUAACAUGGGUUUCGUGAGAGCUGUUUUACAGACAGGAAUGUCUUUGUUUACAUUUGAGCAUAAACCACGGGCUCUGACAGGUGACUGAAGAAGGAUUAUGGAGAGGAAAGACCAGAGCAACAACAAAUUUUGAGCGGCAAUGAUCAAGUUAUGAAUGCUACAAUGGUAAAUUGUACAAGUGCUUGAUUCAAAGCUGUAUUUUGAUAUGAUUAAUGGAGUGGUGUUGUACUGCUGUUUGGAGCUCUUUAUGUAAUAUGCACCAGUAGUUUCCCUGUCUGUAUUACUGCAUUGGAUUUUUUAUUCUAUUUUUUAUUUUUAUGGUUA